AUGUUUCCUGCAGCUCUGGUUGAGCUCUAUCUGGCUCGAGCUCAGAUUCAUUUGAGCUGUCAUCGAGUUAUGGACGCGUAUGAGGAUUCACAAAGAGUAAAAUCUAUUUGUCCGGAUCAUCCAGCAGUGGAACAGUUGCUACAAAGCCUGGGCCAUCUCUCAACAGAGCAAAGGAAACGCGCCAUGCAGCUGGCUUUGAAGGGUCGUUUAGAUGAAUCGUUGAUCCACUUGACAUUGGCGAUUGCAGCAAAUCCGCUCAAUCCAAUAUUGUACUUGGAACGCAGUGUUGUACAUCGACGUAAAGGACAAUAUUGGAAGGCGUUAGAUGAUUUGUGUCGAGCUGUCCAUUUUCAAUCAGAUUCGCAGUCAAAUAAAAUGGAGAUCAUGCGCACGGCACAAAAUCAAAUAUUUGUCACCCUGAUUGAACUAGUUUUACAAUGGUACUUCGAUGGUCAAGCUUGUAUCGCGUUGUACUUGAUUGAUAACGUGAUUGAUGCUGUUCCGAACUACUUUCUACCCUACCUAAUAAAAGCAGAUUGUUACGUACAACUGAAUGCCAAGCAAAAUGCGGUCAUACAUUACGAACGAAGUCUGAAUUGCUUGAAAUUGACUGAUCCGAUGUUAGUUCGACAUACCAUCGUGAAUCGUAUUUGUCAAACCAGAUUAUCCCUGGCUUUGUCAGCCAUGACCCAUCUCAACUGGAAGGGGGCAGAACAAGAGCUGGAUCAUUGUGUGGAUUAUGAGCCUCUUGUACCGGAAUUUCACGCAUUUCGUGGACGUGUAUACUACCAACUGGGUAAGAAGGAGCAAGCAUGGCAGGAGCUGCUAGCGUGUUGUUAUCUGUACAUUAGUGAUUGGGCAUUAAAUAUGCGUACAUCCGGUCGUUGGUCUGAACUACCUAUAUCGGUAAAAGACAGAUUGGUUGUGCAUUUGACAAGGAAAUUGGAGUGGAGUGCCGGUUCACUGAUUUCCAGUUUUGUGGCUCAUCCGAUGGCUUUGAGGGAGCUGGCAAACGGUAAAUGUUGUGUCCCGGUUGCACAGAAGAUUAACCAAUUUCUUCGUCAAUACAAGUCGAUUGGCAUCGAACGUCGAAACCCGUGGUUGAGUGGCUGCUCUCGAGGCAAGAAUCUUCGUGACUUCCUAAAGGCACCUUGGCCCCGAUUCGAAAUUGAAUCUAGCCGUUUAUCCUCCCUGUGUUCCAGCCGGUCCAGCCAAUCGCAUAGUUUGAUUAGAGAAAAGAAGCAAAUCAAGGCCCAAGUGGAACAGAUACGAGCAAAACGGCGCGGAUAA